CCCUCCACUGAUCUCCCACCUUUUGCACGAGGCCUGAAAGCCCGACCUGUCAGCUAUUGCACGCCCAACCAGCCGCCACCAAUUCUGUGUUGUAUACUCGGCUGCGCUGCGCACACGACCCUUCCGUUCCCUGACCUAUAUUUCCAUGCCCAUCGGCCAUCGUCCUCGUCCUCCCAGACCCAGGAGGUCAGGACCGCCCGGUCCUUCCUUCUUCCUUCCACCGUCUCGCUUGCCGUGCUGACCUGCACGCCUGCUUGCUCACUUGGCUUCCUCGCGACGCGUUCUUCCCUUCGGCGACACGCCCGAAGUACCUCCUCUCGCUGACACUAUGGGUCCGCGCUAGCCGGAGCCCACCUGUCAUCUACUGCCCCUGCUCACUGACAAACGGUGCCCACGCUUCGAUCCUGCUGCCUCGCUGGACCUUCCUCCUCGCGGCGCGUGCCGAGGUGGAGGGGAGCUAGCUGCCGUUGCGUGCCAGCUACAACACCUUUCAACUCCCCGAUCGAAGCACGGGUCGGUAAAAGGACGGGGGCCCGGAGCGGCACGGCCUGGCACGGAGACCAGGGGACCGAGUUGGCAGCAGCAGGCGAGGACUGAGGAGAGGAGGGAUGAGCAGCAGCCUCGCCAUAGUGGAGAAGCGGCCGUCGCCGUUCCCCGGCGGCGGCUGCGCGGGCGGCGUGCUCUUCCACCUCCUGGACUGGCACCGCCGCCUCGCGCGCAAGCGCAGGCUCUUCUCCCCGCGCCGCCUCCUCCCCUCGUCUCUCCGCUCCGCCCCGCGCAGGCUCCCGUGCCCGCCUCCGGCCCCGCCACCGCCGCUCGCAUUGCCGCGCCCGUCGCCCGGCGCGGCCGAUGGGGCCGCCCCGGGCGUCGUCGCGCGCCUCAUGGGCCUCGAGUCCUGGCCCGCCACCGCCGCGCCGCCGAGGCCGCAGAAACAGAGGAAGGUGGAGGCGCCGCGCCCGGCGGACGACCGCGACGACUCCGCGGUGGUGCUGGUGCUGCCUACUAGCAGGAGUCGGCGCCCUCCCGCGCCUGCGCCUGCGCCCGCACCGACGACGGCGAGGAGUCACCACGGAGCCGACCUGCCGGCGCGGAGUCCGAGGCGGACCCGGCUCGUGCACGCGGCGGCGGCGAAGCUGCUGGAGCCGGGAGCGCGCGCCAGCUCGCGGAGGCUGGCCCUCGCGUACGCCUGCUCCUCCCCGCAGCACCGCAAGGAUGAUCACUCCGGCGCCUUGCUUCAGGGCUCGGGCGUGGCCGACGAUUUCCUGUCUCGCUCCGAGAGCCUGUUGACGCCUUCUACUCGGGUACAGGUACAGCCUCCUGUUGUUCCGGCGGAGACAGGUUGUGACAGCGCUGCUGUCUCGCGCAGGCACGAGCAGCGCUCCAUUGACAAUGCCAAUGCAGAUAUCAGUACCAGUACUGUAGUGUUGCCUAGAAUGGAUUUUGCUGAUGGAAACAUCAGUAGCAGCUUUGCUCUGGAUGCCAAGCACAAGGAGAGUAGUAGAGUAAGAAAUGAGGUAAUGCGCACUUGUGCCAGGGUUAGAUCGAGUGGUGCUGCCGUUCAAACUGGAGCUGAGAGGUUGCGCAAACGAGCAACACCCACUCGGCCGGAUAUUUCAGGGAGUGUCAGCUCUGGAAGCUUGGCAGAUUCGAUGCGCCCAGUUGGGUGUUCUCGUGAAUCAGCAUCUGCUGGUAGGAGAGUAGCACAAAGUGGUUCUGGUCCAAGAAGAGAAUCAGUUGGGCGUUCAAUCGCUGGACAAGGGAGAACCACUGGCAGAGAUGUGAUCAACCGAAGUGAUUUGGCAUCUACAAGCAGGAUUUCAAGCACUGGAUCGGGGCCAAAAAAGGGAUCACGGAAGGUGGGUCGUGAUGCAGUAGCCAAUAACAGGGAUGACAGAAAUGCAGUUGCAUUUACUUCUAGAUCAGCCCCAAAGCCGGUGGCCAGAGCUUCGUCACCCAGCAAAGUGUUGAAGAGUGGGUGCCCAAGUAGACUAGCACAUGAUACAACUCACGCUCGAAUGCCAGCUCCGGAUAUCAAAUAUAUGGGAGCUUCACAUUCUGUUAUGGCUACUUCUGAGAAAGAUGAUUUUAACAGGCUGUUGAAAGUAAAAAUGAAUGAGCUUGGCUUGUUUGACAGGAUUGAGUUUACAUCAAGUGAUGAGCCUUCAGGAAAAUUGACUGCACCUGUUCUGCAAGAGCUCAUUUCUGCUCUUACAAAUGACAUGAGCACUUCAAUCUCUCAAAGUAGCAACUACUCUGAUGCAUCAGUACCCUCAAGUUGCAACAGAAAUAUUGACUGUAUCGAUCCAUCAUGUUAUGUAUUCUCCAAUGAUCAAUCUCCUGAUUUUCAGAAGCGUUAUCAGAGUGAACAAGAUGUUGAUUCUUCUGCUACAUCAUUGAACAACGAGCCCAAUCAGCCGAGUCCAACGUCAGUACUUGAAGCAUCCUUCUCAAAUGAUGCCUCUUCUUUAGGAAGUCCAGUUGAAAAGAAUGAAGGUAAAGACUUAUUUGUGUCAACUGAGAACAAGAUGGAAGAUCUGUUUAAUUUGGAGUCUGAUAUUGUUAAUUUAGCAAUGUCAAUUGAUACAAAGAAAACUGAUGCUGAAGAAACACUUUAUGACAACGACAAGUUAUCAUGUUCACAGAAUUUUCUUGCACAUGAUUCCAAAUUCUUAGAGUCCAGGCUCCACAGCAUUGGAGAAGUAUCUAUUUCAAAUGCUGAACUACUUUUGGGCAGUAGCCUCCAUCCUUUCAUCAUCGAAAUGCUGGAAAAUACUAUGGACAUGUUUGGUGGAGAGUAUUCUGAUCUUACCGAAGAUAAGAAAUAUCAACACACCAACUUCCUGUUUGACUGCAUUGUAGAAUCAUUGGAUUCGAAAUUCUGCAAUUUUGGCAAAUGUGGAUACAAGGCUUGGCUGAAGUUGCCACUCAGUUUGAGCGGAGAUCUGUUGAAGUGCCAGGUAUUGGAAGAUAUCAGCAAUUGGAGGGAAUCAAGUGGGACUGCUCUAAGACAAGUUUCUGACAAAGAAGUGGACCAAAUGACUGCCAGGUGGGAUGCAAAUCAGGUUGAAGCAUUUGAUGUCAGCAUUGCGAUCGAGAAUGACAUUAUUGAGGCGCUUGUUGGUGAGUUUGCACUCGACCUAUGGUGAAGCGUAUUGACUGCUUUAUAUGUGAGAUAUUGACAUGUUCGGACUUCUGCUCGCAUGAUUAUGGAUAAAUAAGAUACUGCAGAUAUGUUUGUAAUCCUCUGCGGUAAAUUUUGUACAGAGUCAUGUAAGGUUUGAAGGAACCCCCGGUUGUUUUCCCCCUGUUUCUAAUGGAAGCGUGCUAAAGCUUAAAAGUGUCUCAUACUUUUUUCUCUUUGUGGCCUUUUCGUUGCCCCCUUUUUACCCAACUGAUGGCAUUGUCCGCCAGGGUACAUUUUGUUGUGUGUGGGCGAAAAAAACACCUUUUGCUGGAUCUAGUUAAUCAUGAUUUGGGUGACCGUUGGUUUGUCAA